AUGCCGAUUUCAAGUGGUUUCUCACAAGAUCUAAAUCCAAAUUAUUAUGUUCGUAAGCCUGGUAAAACAGAUCUUUUAGAUGAAGCAAUUUAUUACAAACGUGAUGAAGCAUUUGAACGACCUGUUGAAAUUAUCAAUCGGCCAAUUAUCAAAGACACAAUUUUUAUGCCCGAUCGUAAAGUGCCUCCUUUAGCUACUACACGAGAAAUGUAUACAGUCUCUCCUGAACCAAGGCCAACAGUAUAUACAACAACCUCAAAUGCUCCACCUUCUGCUUCAUUCAGUCUCAUUCGAGCUUUAGGAUUGAAUGCUGAUUGUCCAUGUUGGGCAUGGAUAUGUAUCGUUUUUGGCUUUAUUCUAUUACUUGGUCUUAUUGGCAUGUGUUUAUAUUUCAUUCUUGAACGCGAAGGAUAUCUCUAA